AUGUCGCACGUCCUACCUCCAUUCUAUUUCUACUUCUUCUGGCUUGUCGAGCCGGGCCUGUCCGUGGCGGGCGCGCUGUACGCCAUCUUCCGGCCAGAGACGUAUGCGGCCGAUCUUCUGCCGGUGGGCCUCGAGCGUAUUACGCAGGUCGUGGGAAACACCUUGCGCGGUCGGAUGCUCUGCGGCCAGCUCGGCAGCUGCUUCCUCGUCCUCGCGAUGAACUCCUUCUCGCUCUUCCCGGUAUUUAGACGCCAAACACCGGUACUUUGCGAGCAGCUCACACGGGCGCUGUUGGUCCCACUCCUCAUCGGCGAUUUCACCCACAUCGCACUCACACUGGCCGCACUGCCGUACGAGCUCGUCUUGGAGCCAUGGAACUGGACGCAGCUCAUCCAUGGCAACGUCAACAUUACCUGGGGUUUGGUGUUCAUUCGCACGCUUUGGCUCCUUGGUGUGGGUCGCCAGUCACCUCUCGCUCCUGAGGCCCAACCCAACAAGCACGCAGCCGGACUGCCAGCCAAGCUUAACAAGGCUGAAUAG